AUGACUCAGUUACCGCGAGGUGUCCGAUCGAUUGCCAUGAUACCUGCCAAAAGCACUGAUAAGUCCGAGGCAAGCGUAGUUCACGCGCUGUUUCUCGCAUAUCUAUCAGCACUCGGUCCACCGGCGGCCAGAGCCAUUAAGGAUGCACUGUAUGCAUACGCGCCGGAAUAUGCACAUCCCUCGUACUCAUUCAGCUACGGCGUUAAAGAUCUACACAGUGGCGAUGUAAAGUCCCAGUGGGAAACUCGUGACGACGGCAUAGUGAAAGGUCACUACAGUGUGGUGGAACCGGAUGGCUCAAUCCGCGAAGUCGACUAUACUGCUGAUUCGAAAACAGGAUUCAACGCGGUAGUCAAAACUCACGGACCGAACGCACACCCUGUUCACGACGAGCACGAGCACUUUCGGUACGACGACCAUUACUCACAGUCGAAGAUAAACCAUUUCAGCAAGCAGCAAGAUCACAUUAUUCUAAGCUCAGAUGUGCCACAACAUGAAGAUGACAUCGCGGAGCUUAGUGACAAGAAAAGGCCAACACCGACACUGCUGGAACUAAAACCACACGUAAACUUCGACUCAGAUCAUAAAGGCUAUCGUCCGCCGUAUAGCAGCGGAAAGGAACCCUUCUUCUCUCAUGAAUUCGACUUUUCAAAGGACAGCUUUAAGCCAACUAUUCGGAUUGAAGAAGUCAAAGCUCCUGACUUAUCCAAGCUGAAACCUAUCUCACCCUCCGUUGAUUUCUCCAAACUAGGAGAGGCGGACCUUAAUCCAUACUACACGCAAGAUGGGCUCUAUCAGCCAUAUGCUCAGUACAAAAAUCAAGUAGCGCAUCCGAUUACCCUCCAGAAAGCCAAACUUAAAGGCAUUCGUCAAUCAAGCAGUCCCAAAAAGAAUCUCCUGAAACCAGCGUCGACCCCGGGUCUGAAGCAUUUCACUACACCCAAGGUGUAUCAGUUCAAAGCCCGUGGUGGACCACUACCCCCAGAUUAUUCCAGUUACUUCGGCCCACCCACGGGACAGAAUAAACGACAAGCACGAACCGGUCCGGUUCUUUUCCCCGGUACGGAACAGAUGAUCGCUUCGGAGAGAAUGGUCCAAGCGAUGAUCAAUCAGCAACAAUAUCGACGGUUUCCGGUAUAUGCCAAUCGGUAUACGUAG